AAUUGAAUUUAUUCGAAUGCGAUGCCGGCCCGGCGCGUGUGAGUGCGGAGCGCGGUUGGAGUUACGCUUAAUGUUUUCUACUCGCCUCGAAAGAAUUGUAGCGCGCCCACGUAAUAUUUCCUUUAGGAAAUGAGGAAUAUGACGCUUACAGAAAUGGAGCCACUAAAAAUGCACUUAGAUUCGUUAGAGAUGGCUGGAAAAAUGGUGGAUAAACACAUUAUUGCGGACAGCAAUUUUCCAUCCUUAAUUAAUCUUAUGCGAUACAAUGUGCAAGGUGGACCGACCGUUAGUGGUCUUGAUGAUCACGACUAUCCUAAUUUAAAUGGCGCGUCGUUGACUUUGACAAAUAUUAAUCAAAUGAAGAUACAUAGCAAAAUUCCCUUGCCUUCUGAAGUAAUGGAACACUUUGGCCAUAUGCAAUGUCAUUGCAUGAUGGGUCUUUUUACGGAAAUUUCGAAGGCGUGGCUUACAAUCGACAGCGAUAUUUAUCUGUGGUCGUAUGAAAAUGAGUCUGAUGUCGCUUACUUUGAUUGUUUAAACGAGACUAUUAUAAGCGUAGGUUUAGUAAAGCCCAAGGCAGGAAUUUUCCAGAGUUAUGUCAAGUACUUAUUGAUUCUCACGACAACGGUAGAAAUAACCAUUCUUGGUGUUACGAUACCUGAUGAUGGAGGAGAAAUGCAGUUAGUCCCAGAACCGAUCUUUACUGUUACAACUGAUGGAAUAGGAAUCACUACGAUUGCUAAUACCAGUAGCGGCAGGAUAUUCCUUGGUGGAAGAAAUGGAUCGCUGUUUGAGAUAUAUUAUCAGGCGGAAAGCAGCUGGUUCGGCAAACGAUGUAAAAAGGUUAAUCAUUCGGAAGGUCCAUUGUCAUUUCUAGUACCGUCGUUUGUCACCAUGGCUUUAUCGGAGGAAGAAGCUAUAAUACAGAUAUCUGUGGAUGAUUCACGUAACAUUUUGUAUACUUUGGGUGAUAGGGGUACAAUCACAGUUUGGGAUAUUGAUAACGGUGGCGCAUCUAAAGUCACUUCGUUAUCUCAGGCUUCCCUGGUACAAAAUACUGUCCAUGUUGUUAAAACUCUGGAUAGUAACAAUUUUCGACCUCUUGUAAGCAUAUCAGCCAUAAUGGAAUACGAAUCGGUACACUUGAAUUUGGUUGUUGUUGCGGCAACGGGAACUCGUUUCUACUUCAGCUGCACUUCUGUUACAAAUCCCUCGAGUAGGCCACAAGGUUUACAAUUGAUACACGUCAGAUUACCACCAGGCUAUGCUGCAAAUGCUCCAGUAAUGAGACCACGAAAAGUACAAAUGGCAUAUUAUCGAAAGGGUACCCUCUUCCUUGUUUGCGGUGGUGACACGGAAACUGCAUGGUGUUUAAGUAACGAUGCUUAUCCAUUCACAAAUUUCUUGGCUGAAACACAAAGUAUCUUGCCUCUUGAUAGUCCAGCUUGGGCUAUGGAGGAGAUCAUAAGAGAUUCAGCUAUACAUAUAGAGAAGCAAAGCAGUGCUCAGGGUGAGCCUCCUCUGUUAGUGCGCCAACAUAUGGAACCACCAAGAAAAUUUAUAUUUUUAACAGCACAGGGAGCGUUAAUCUUAAUGCAAGUUCGUCCUGUAGAUAUAUUGAAACAGCUUCUUUUAGAACAACGUGGGCCUGAUACUGAAGUAGUGCGCGCAUAUUUUCAAACACAAUCCUUGGAACAAGCUUGUGCUACAUGCCUAAUCUUGGCGACGCUCGAAAGUUCUCAAAAUGCUCAGUUGUCGGAAUGGGCAACUCGUGCAUUCUUCCUACAUGGUGGUCAAAGAAUAGCAGGGAUUUAUCCAUCAAUUGAUAUGCAUUCUAGCUUUCCUACCAUAAACCCAGAUUUACGUACGUCUACGCCUCGAGUGCCAAGCUUUGAUUCUAGAGUUCAAACCUUUCGAUCACCUACGCAAAUGGGGCUCAGCACAGACAUUGGUUUGCAACAUUUCUCCGCCAAACAUAGUGGGUUAUACUUGUAUGUAGGAAGAAUACUUCGUCCUAUAUGGAAUGUAAGAUGUAUAAAACAAGAAACGAUAAAUAAUAAAAGCGUGAUAUCCAGUACAGUACCAGCAACGCAAAUAGCUUGGAUUUUAGGUCACUUGCAAGCGUUAAAAUCUUUCUUGAACAAAAAUACACGUAUUACAAAACAGCAAAGCACAAGUAGAGGUUUAACAGAUGGUUUUGAAACGACAAUUCAAAGUCAUUUUCAAGAACCAAUUGUGGAAGAAAGAAAUUCGUUGGAUGCUUUAAAAGUUUUCAUCACUCAUGCUUGCGAGGUUUUGGGUUUAUGGAAAAUAUUAUGCGAGAAUCAGCUAAAUAAUAUCAUCAACUGUCUAUCAAAGGAUCAGAUUACUCAAUUUUCUACAGCUACCUUUAGAGACUUGAUACUAAUAGGCCACGAAAUAUCCUCUCUACUCAUUGUUCAUUUGAUUGAUAGUUAUCUUGGGGAUAAUGCAUCGGUAGAUUCCGUAAGUGCGAAAUUAAGAGAAGUGUGUCCCAACUUAUAUAGAACUGAAGAUGCCGUUUGCUCCAAGGCAAAUGAAAUUCUGCUUAAAGCAAAAGGCUGCACUAAUCCUGAGGAAAAAGAACGUUAUCUGCAAUCUGCUUUAAUGCUUUGUAAAGAGGUAGCACCCAGGUUGAAUUUGAAUGCAGUGUGCCAGCAGUUUGUUGCAUGUCAAUUCUACACGGGUGUACUUGAAUUAUGUAUUUGUUGUGCGGAAAGGAUAGAUCCCAAUAAUGCUGCUUCGCAUUAUUAUAAGAACAACGAGCCCAUAGAGGAUCAAGAAGGAAAUCUGGCUUUUACAAAGCGUUUAGAGAUUUAUAAGGAAUUUACCACCAUGUUGGAUCACUUGUAUCAUCAGAGCAUCUCUAAUCCUUUAACACCAACUAUACCGAGCAAGCCAGGACCACCUUUACAAACGGUGUCAAAUACUAUAGUAAUGCCGGCGAAAGAAAUUUUACACGAGAUCAUAGACGAUGCACUGCACGCACCGUGUGAAACUCUCCAUUCUUCUAUUUAUACUUGGAUGAUUGAUAGAGGACUUCACGGUGAAUUAGUUGCUUUUGCUGCGCCUUCGCUAGAAACUUACCUCAAUCGUGUCAAUGCACCUGAAUUACUUUGGCAAUUCUAUGAAAGAAAUAAGAAUCACGCUGCUGCAGCAAAAAUCUUGGAUUCUUUAGCCAGCAAAGUCGGAGCGGAAAUAUCGCUCUCAAAGAGAGUUGAAUAUCUAGCACGAGCAGUUGUAUGUAUGCGAAGCGAUCAGACUGGAUAUGCUCCUUAUCUUGGAAUUUUUUUACGUGAAUUGGAGGAUAAAUUGGAAGUAGCUAGAAUGCAACAACAGAUACUUGAGAUUAUCACCAAUCGGCAAAACCUAUUUGAUACGAUGAUAGUUACAGAUGCAAAAUUGAGAUUAAAUUCUUCAUUACUCGACAUUACACAGUUAUAUGAAGAAUAUGCAGAACCCUUACAACUUUGGGAAUGCAAACUGGCUAUAAUUCAUUGCUCUGGUCAUCAAGAUGACAUGUUGAUUAAAGGCAUUUGGACCAACAUAAUUGAUAACGAAUUAGAAAAUGCAACAGAACCAUCGAAUGAAGAUAAAAUGACCAUCUUGAUGUGUAAAAUUAAUUUACUUGGUCAAGAAUACAUUGGAUCGCCAUAUUGUUUUCCACUUGAUUUUCUAGUAAAACAACUGGAAAUGAAGGCAUGUAAAUAUAAAGUAACUAAUACUAGUAUUAUAACUUCUUUUUUGGAAUUGGGAGUGGCAAUGGAAGAUCUUUUAGACAUCUAUGAUAAAAUGAUUGGUAAAAAUACCCGUAUUUGGUUAAAUGAGGGCAAUGAAUUUCAUCUAAUCGAAUCAACAGCGAACUUGGUAAAUCAUUUCAUAAAAAAUAUGACCGUAAUGAAUAGUUUUGUCAGGAGAAAGAUAAUAACAAAGUGUCAGGAUGUUAUUUCCAAGUGUUUAACAACUCUCUUUAGUAAGCCUAAUGGUGGAGAACUUGAGAGAGAAAUAUCAAAUUUGCGUUCAAUCCAAAGUAUAUUGAACCGUAUGUGAAACCACUUUGGUGAAGAAAAGCACACACAUAUAUGCCAUGCAUAACUUUUCUUUCUCGUGAUAAUGUAUGUGUAUAUGUACAUAAACAUUAUCAUGAGAAAAAAUGCAAAUCUCGUGACUUGUAAGCUAUUUGAUACUUAUUCCUGACACAAAAAGCAAUGCUAUUUAUGAUACCACUGUUAAAUAAAUUAAUUGCUCAACUUUUAUGAAUGUUUAUCAAGAAAUAUACAAUUUAAUCCAGGCAGACUAUUACUACCCAGUCUUUUACAAAUACACAUGUAAAUUCUAACAAUCACAAUACUGUAUAGUGUAUACUAAUAAUAUAAAUUGUCGAAUAUGUAUA